AUGGCAGGCAUCUUCGAGGCCCCGCGGAAUGCGGACACUCUUUUCUUGGGUGGUCAGAAAAUCACCGGUGCCGAUGUGAGGGAGCAGAAUGUUCUCGCCACUCAGGCUAUCUCAAAUGUUAUCAAGAGCUCCUUCGGUCCCUCCGGACUGGACAAGAUGAUGGUCGACGACAUAGGGGACGUGACCGUGACGAACGACGGUGCUACCAUUCUGUCUUUGCUGGAUAUUGAGCAUCCUGCGGGCAAGAUUCUUGUUGAUCUCGCCCAGCAGCAGGAUAAGGAGGUUGGAGAUGGUACUACCUCCGUCGUCCUGAUCGCCGCCGAGCUUCUGCGAAGAGGUAACGAGUUGAUGAAGAACCGGAUACACCCUACUACGAUUAUCAGCGGAUACCGUCUUGCGCUUCGGGAGGCCGUCAAGUAUAUGAACGAGAAUGUGACAACAAAGGUCGAGAACUUGGGUAGAGACAGCUUGAUCAACAUUGCCAAGACCUCAAUGUCUAGCAAGAUCAUUGGUGCUGAUUCGGAUUUCUUUGCCAACAUGUGUGUGGAUGCCAUGCUGCAGGUGAAGUCGACAAACCAGAGGGGCGAGGUUAAAUACCCUGUUAAGGCUGUGAACCUGCUCAAGGCCCACGGUAAGAGUGUUCUUGAGUCCGUUCUGGUCCAGGGUUAUGCUCUGAACUGCACCGUUGCCUCCCAGGCUAUGACGACUCGUGUUACAGAUGCCAAGAUUGCUUGUCUGGAUAUGAAUCUGCAAAAAGAGCGCAUGAAGCUGGGUGUUCAAAUCACAGUCGAGGAUCCUGAUCAAUUGGAGAAGAUCCGUCAGCGUGAAGCUGGUAUUGUUCUGGAGCGUGUUGAGAUGAUUCUGAAGUCCGGCGCCAACGUUGUCCUCACCACCAAGGGUAUCGAUGAUAUGGUUCUGAAGCUGUUCGUUGAGAAGGGCGCCAUGGCCGUCCGUCGUUGUAAGAAGGAGGAUCUUCGCCGUAUUGCUAAGGCUACUGGCGCUACCUUGGUCAGCACCCUCUCAGACUUGAACGGUGAUGAGAAGUUCGAUGCCUCCAACCUCGGUCACGCCGAGGAGGUGGCUCAGGAGCGUAUCUCGGAUGACGAGUGCAUCUUGGUCAAGGGCACCAAAGUUCACACUUCUUCCUCUAUCAUUCUGCGUGGUCCUAACGAGUUCAGCUUGGAUGAGAUGGAGCGCUCUGUUCACGAUACUCUCUGCGCUAUUAAGCGAACUCUGGAGAGUGGUCGCAUUGUCCCUGGUGGUGGUGCUGUGGAGACCGCUCUGCACAUUUACCUGGAGGAGUUUGCCGUCACAGUGGGCUCUCGUGAGCAACUUGCCAUUGGCGAAUUCGCCCAGUCCCUUCUCGUCAUUCCCAAGACCCUGGCUGUCAACGCUGCCAAGGACUCAUCCGAGUUGGUUGCCCAGCUUCGUGUCCGCCACGCCCUGUCACAGCGUGUGCAAGACGGCGAUGCCAACGAGGAAGAGAAGGCCAUUGCUAAGAAGAAGACAUACCGCAACUACGGAUUGGAUCUUAUGAAGGGACGCGUUCACGACACUCUCAAGGCCGGUGUUCUGGAGCCUAGCAUGAGCAAGGUUAAGCAGCUGAAGUCUGCUGUCGAGGCUUGUAUUGCUAUUAUGCGCAUUGACACAAUGAUCAAGCUGGACCCGGAGCAGCCCCAGGAUGAUGGUCACGGCCACUAA